AUGGGCGGCGGCGGCCCCCGGCGGCCCGGCGCGCUGCCGCUGCUGGCUCUGCUGGCUCUGCUGGCUGCGCAGGGCGGAGCGGCCCCGCUGCAACCCGGCGGCUCCCCCGCGCUCACCAAGAUCUACCCCCGCGGCAGUCACUGGGCUGUGGGACACUUAAUGGGGAAAAAGAGCACUGGGGAUUUUCCUUAUGCUUAUGAAGAAGAAAACAAGAUCCCAUUUUCAGCCUCACCUGAAAAUAUCAAGCAGCUGGAUGACUAUCUGCAGCGGGAAGAAAUGUCCAAACAUUUGCUACAGCUGCUGGAAGGGAAUGAAAAUAAAAGUGCUCACUUCUCAAAAGGAGGGCUUCCCUGGCAUGCCAGGAACUCCUGGGAGACAGAUGACAGCAGCAGCUGGAAAGAUAUGAUGGAGAAUCUGCUCCAAGUUGUGAAUAUGAAGGAGAGCACUCCGAGCUGAAAGGAAGUCUCUAAACCCGAAGAAUUGGAACACUUUCCAUAAGAGACUAUGUUUCACAACCAUUUGAUUGUUAUCAGAUAAUCAGCAAGGUUCCCUUUCUGUAAACAAGAUUUCCGUUGUGU